UCCCACUGGAGGAAUGAAUUAAAAUCUUAUGCAAAAUCUUUAAAGAUGGUAAAGGAAAAAAAUGCAGUAAAAAGUAUCGGUAUUGGGAUCGGCGAUAAUCGCCCGUUUUUACUGGAUAUCGGAUCGAAGUGAGGAAAUGACAAAACUCCCCUUCCUUCUGCUGUUUGAGUUCUCCGCGAUUUCUCUCAUUCUGGGGCUCAAUACUGAAGGCUCAGGGUCCACAUAUCAUAACAGCUACAAUGAAGUUGAGCAGGAGCAGGAGACCUAUUACACCCCAGAGCUGGACUAUAAACAUCCUCGCUGGUGUCACCUGCUGAAACUGUCCAAUGGGGAGAUGACCUGUACCUCCCCCCGGGGUGGAAACCAUCGGAGCUCACUGGGCACACGCUGCUCUCUGUCCUGUGAUCGGGGUUAUAAACUGAUUGGACGGUCAUCUGUACAGUGCAUGUCCAACCGCCGCUGGUCAGGAUCCGCCUACUGCCGGAGAGUGCGCUGCCAUGUGCUUCCUCUGGUCCAUCAGGGUACUUACACCUGUACCAGCGGCUUUGUGGUGGACUCCAGGUGCGACUACACCUGCUUUCAGGGUUACCAAAUUGAAGGAGACCGCUAUCGCAUUUGCCAGGAGGGCGGGAGGUGGAGUGGCAUAGAGCCCACUUGUGCAGAUCACGACCCUCCCAAACUGAAAUGUCCUGUAUCCAAAGUAAAGGUGGCAGAACCAGGAAAACUGACCCUCAGCGUGUCCUGGGAUCGGCCUGUUGCCACAGAUACAGCUGACAGAUCACUGAAGGUUUUGCGAAAUGGACCUGAAUCAGGUUCUGAAUUUGGUGAGGGAGAACAUGUGAUUCGCUAUAAAGUCUACGAUCAGGCCCGGAACACGGCAACCUGCAAGUUUGUUGUGCGAGUUGAAGUGAAGAGAUGUCCAGCACUAAAGGAGCCUCUGCAUGGAUAUCUGACCUGUUCUUCUGAUGGGAAUAAUUAUGGUGCUGUGUGUGAGUACCACUGUGAUGCUGGGUAUGAGAGGACGGGCACUGCCACCCGGGUCUGCCUGUUUAACCGCAACUGGUCAGACCAAGCAGCUGAGUGUGUCUUGAUGCAGAUCCAAACUGACAUCAGGUCUGCUGGUGCUCUGCUCGAUCAGUUCUAUGAGAAGAGGAGGCUUCUGAUCGUUUCUGCACCCAGUGUAUCUGAGCAGUACUACAAACUGCAGAACAUCAUGUUACAGAAAGCCUCCUGUGGUCUGGAUCUGAGACACGUGACCGUGAUCGAGCUGUUAGGAAGUCCACCUCGAGAAGUGGGCCGGAUUAAAGAGCAGCAGUUGGAUGCUGAGGUUGUAGAAGGUCUCAGGCAGGCUCUGCAGAUUUCUCGCUCCUAUUUCUCCAUGGUUUUAGUGGAUGAACUGGGAGUAGAUCGGGAGCGUUUCAUUAACCCCACCACCUCAGAUGAACUCUACAAUUACAUCGAGGAGUACCUGCUGACCGAGGAGGAGCGAGAGCGGCUGGAGCUGAACCGAGAUCUCUGCGACUGAACCUGGACCACCACCAUCAUCAUCAUCAUCAUCACCAAUACAUACGGUCUGUGAAGAUCAAAGCUGAGCUUUGUGAAAAAACUAGACUCUAAAAAUAAAAAAAAUAUUAAUUAACUAUUAUUCUGUUUUAAUACGUUAAAUUUAGAGAUGCACAGAACAAAGUAAAACAUUUGGCUGAAAAAAUGAAUAACCCAACAGGUGUUUUGAUAAAUUAAAUAUAAGAAAUAUAUUUUUUUGUCUUGCUUUUUAAAGAAAAAGCAGUUUACUAAGCCACCAAUUAAAAAUAUUUAUUGAAAGAUAUAUAUUUAUAGUGUGGGCCUACUGCCGCUGCUGAAGAAAAAGAAAAUCCUAACUUUUGAGGAAACACUGCAAUAUAACUUAUUAUAACUUAUACUAUAUAACUAAUACUUUAUAUAGUAUACAUUUUCUAAUCUUUUCCAUUAUUGAGCCUGUUUUGCUAUUUAUUUUGGCCACAUAGUUUUGGUUGCCAAAUAUUAUACACACAGUGCAUCUCUAAAUUUUUCUAGUUUACAACAUCAGGCUAUUCUGUAUAGACUUUCAUUUGUUCCUUUUUUUAUUUAAAUCUUUACACAAGUGUUCAUAAUCUCCAGUAUUUUUUACAUUUUUAUAUUUUGUACACACUACAGACAGCAGGGACAGUGGUAAAUAUAAUUUAAUAUUUAUUAAAUUAAGUGCUUUGUAUAUAGCUUUGAAAUUAAAAAUAGAAACCGUGCCCCAAGUGGUCACAGUCAAUAAUCAUAAUCAUCUCAAUAUUAUACAGAUUGUGUUGGAUUUUUUAUGCUACUGUAGAGCAGUGAAUGGGAAGAAUGUCAGUAAAACAUUAUAAACAUAAUAAAAUAAAUGUAAAAACAGCAA